AUGGAUAACAUGAGAAAAGAGAACAUCUGCAUCAGAGGAGACAUCACUGCAUGUGAAGACCGUAUAAAAGGCUCCCAUGGUCAUCUAAUUCUAUCUCCUUCUUAUGAAAUAAAAGGUACUCAAUCCCAAAUUAGCACUAAUAGAACUGGACACAAUCUGAGUGAGAUGUCUGCAAAUUCUGAAUAUGGAAAAGAUUUUGAAAAUAAUGCAAAUCUUUCUGUGCACAAAGAAAUUCAGAAAGAUGAACCGCCAUGUUCUGAAAGAGAGAAAACUUUUAAUAAAACAAUUCUUGUGCAACAUCAGAGAAUUCACACAGGAGAGAAGGGAUUUUCAUGUUCAGAAUGUGGCAAAUGUUUUAGUAAUAAAUCAAAUCUUGUGCAACAUCAGAGAAUUCACACAGGAGAGAAGGGAUUUUCAUGUCCCGAAUGUGAAAAGUGUUUUAGUAAGAAAUCAUAUCUUAUUCAACAUCAGAAAACUCACACAGGAGAGAAGCCAUUUUCAUGCUCAGAAUGUGGGAAGUGUCUUAGUCAGAAAACCAUUCUUGUGAAACAUCAGAAAAUUCACACAGGAGAGAAGGGAUUUUCAUGUUCAGAAUGUGGAAAAUGUUUUAGUGAUAAAUCAAAUCUUGUGCAACAUCAGAGAAUUCACACAGGAGAGAAGGGAUUUUCAUGUCCCGAAUGUGAAAAGUGUUUUAGUCAGAAAUCACAUCUUAUUCAACAUCAGAAAACUCACACAGGAGAGAAGCCAUUUUCAUGCUCAGAAUGUGGGAAGUGUUUUAGUCGGAAAACAAUUCUUGUCAAACAUCAGAAAAUUCACACAGGAGAGAAGGGAUUUUUAUGUUCAGAAUGUGGUAAAUGUUUUAGUAAUAAAUCAAAUCUUGUGCAACAUCAGAGAAUUCACACAGGAGAGAAGGGAUUUUCAUGUCCCGAAUGUGAAAAGUGUUUUAGUCAGAAAUCAAAUCUUAAUCAACAUCAGAAAACUCACACAAGAGAGAAGCCAUUUUCAUGCUCAGAAUGUGGGAAGUGUUUUAGUCAGAAAACAAUUCUUGUGAAACAUCAUAAAAUUCACACAGAAGAGAAGCCAUUUUCAUGCUCAGAAUGUGGGAAGUGUUUUAGUCGGAAAACAAUUCUUGUCAAACAUCAGAAAAUUCACACAGGAGAGAAGGGAUUUUCAUGUUCAGAUUGUGGUAAAUGUUUUAGUAAUAAAUCAAAUCUUGUGCAACAUCAGAGAAUUCACACAGGAGAGAAGGGAUUUUCAUGUCCCGAAUGUGAAAAGUGUUUUAGUCAGAAAUCAAAUCUUAAUCAACAUCAGAAAACUCACACAGGAGAGAAGCCAUUUUCAUGCUCAGAAUGUGGGAAGUGUUUUAGUCAGAAAACAGUUCUUGUGAAACAUCAGAAAAUUCACACUGGAGAGAAGCCAUUUUUAUGCUUAGAAUGUGGGAAGUGGUUUAGUGAGAAGUCAAGUUUUGUGAGACACCUGAGAAUUCACACAGGAGAGAAGCCUAUUUAA